CUGGGGGCAGGGAGGGCCAAGGGGAACAGCAGAUUUCCAUCUGCCUGUCAGCAGCAGGGGGCACUGGGUGUAGGAGCUGGCCAGCCAGGGUGGUGCCUGCAGUGGGGCAGCUGUGACUUGGGCUCUGGGUGAGCAUUUCUAGGUUGAUGGUCAAAGCCGCAGAGAGGAUGCUCUUCCAGGAAGAGUGCUGGGGAGUGUGGGAGAGUGGAGCAGAGGGGAGGGCCAUGACCAGGCUUGGGCAAGGGGAGAGGAAAAGGAGCCAGUGAGGGGACAGGUGGGCUCAGAGACCCAGAAGAGGACGGAGUGGAAGCCCGCUCUCCACCUGCUGCCUGGGGAGCUCAAGCUCCCACCUGAAGAGGCCCCUGUUUCUGAUCAAGGCCUGGGAAACAAAGGGUCUCUACCAACCCGGAAGCUGGUGCCCACGUUGCCCAGCACUCCCUGGGUGCCACUCUUUCACCGUUUACAGCAAAACUGACCAAGCCCCCGAAAGGGGAGCUCAGCCAGCUGGGGCGAGCAGCCAGGUCUGAGUCCAGCAGCUCUGGGGGUAGGGAGCCUGGGCGGUCUGGCUUCCCAUGGGCUGAGGGAGGCUUGCACUGAGCCUUCCUUUCCCUCCCCCUCAGUAAAGGAAGGCAGGAAAAAAAUGUGUUUUUAUAAAUAGCUCCAGCCCCAGCUGAUUUGUAAAUUCAGUGGGUUUUUUGUGUCAAUGACAUCACCCUCCUCCCCAUGGCAACCCCCGACGAUAUCAAAAUUGCCAAGCAACGUUGAAGCAGCUCAGCGCCCCAAAUGAGCAGGUCGCUGCCUGAGGAUUUAAUGGAGAAAUCCCAAAGUGAGCCCUGGUGCUCGGUGGCGGAGGGGGGCCAGGCGGCUGGGGAGGAGGCCUGAGCCUGCCGGUGCCGCCUGCCAGGAGCCCUGGGCCAGCCAGCUGGGGCUCCUUGGCUGUGCUCCCUUUGACAGCCUGCUGCCAGCAGCAGUGGGGGAGGGCACUGCUCCCGCCUGAUGUGCCAGGAGCCAGGAGCAGCCAUCCAGGUGACUAAGCCGGCCCACAGGCACUGAGUCACCCACUGGUCUGGAGGUUUCUUCCUUCUCUUUUGAAUCUGAUUAUUUUGGGAGCUGGAAAUUUGGAGCUGCACCUGAGUCCCGCCCCUUCUAGCUCUCUCCCCUCCCUACCUGGGGCUCUGAGGAAGAUGGGACCAGCCACGAGUCUGCCACCACCCCCUACGGCUAUGGAAGACGCUGUGGGGGCCGGAGGUGCCCAGGGAGAGACAGCAGCCGGGCCAGUGCAAUAGCAGAUAUGGUGACGAGGCUGCCUGUCGUCUGGAGGUGCCGGGAGAGAAGGGGAGUCCAGUCCAUGCCAGCUGGAGUCCUCCCAGGCUGGCUUUGAACUCACCUCCUAUGGGACAUUUCUGCGAAUGAGCGGCUCCUAGGGUCAGAGUGGCUUUUGGAGAGCAAGGCUGGAUUGGCUUAGGCUGGCCCAGGCAGGGAGUGCCACUUCCUGGGCUAGAGACAAGCACCAGCCUGCAGCAGGGAGCUCAGGGCCCAGCCAUCCAGAGGACACCCAAGCUUCGAAUGAGGCUCCAUAAGGAAUUGUGCAAGGAAGCACAGAGAGUGCAGGGAGCCGAGGAAUGACUGCACAUCCAGAGCCCAGUCCCAAGUCAGUGGGGAGGAGCACAGAGAAGGAAAAGUCUACCCCAGAACGGAGCUGGCCACCUGGGAUGGCCUUGGUUUGCUGAGCCAGAGGGAGGGCCCAAGAAUGUUAACUGCAGCCCGCAUAAUUUCACAGAGGGAAACAGAACCCAGCAAGGGGAGGUGGGGCCCUGAGAUCAUAGAGCUAACUCAUGGCAAAGCCAGUGCCAGGCCUGGGGGUCCAGGUGGACUUUGCAAGGGCAGCAGCAGGGGCAGGUGAAAGCUGCCAUGUAACAUGAUGGCUGAGAGAGGCGGCCUGGCCCAACACAGUAGGAGGCCAGACAGGUCCCCUUGCUCCUCUGUGCCUCCUGCCCUAACAGGGCUGGGACCAGUCAUCCCCCACACCCUGCAUCUUACUGGACAAGAAGCCCCAGCUCAGCCUGUGCCCUCUGACCAGCACCCCCCAGGGAGAGUCUUGGACCACUCCUGGGACCAGACCACCCUGACACAGAGCCAGCUAAUGUGGAAAUGGACUGAUUCAAGUUCUCCUUGUCCCAGGAAGCAUUUUACAUUUUGACCAUAAGCCUGUUAAUGUCUUAAACCAAAGGAGGAGGGUAGCAAUGAUAGUGUCUAGAAAAGAAAGAGAUUUGGGGGCAGACUCUGUGAGCAGGGAGUACACAGAAGACCCUUUACCUCAGGCGGUCUUUCCACCAGUUAUAUACCAUGACUCUAGGCAGGAAUUUAAAUGUCCACCAUCAGAGAUCAGAUCCCAGCAGCAGGCGGCACAUCACUUGUCAUGUCUCCCUAUCACCAGGCCCAGGCUGGAAAAGAAGACCUUUAUAUUCCACUAUAGUGUGUUUUGCUGGAAGAUGGGGGGUCUGGGAUGAGGAAAGGUGGGGAAAGGUGGAGGUCUCAGACCUGGGGAGGGAUGGAGCCAGACUCAGGGGCCAGAAUGCAAGGCUGGUAGUCCGCAAGCACACAGGCUCCUGUGGGAGGAGAAGGGACGACAGGAGGAGGAGCCGCCUCAGAUGAGCCAUCAGGCCAGCAAGGAAGGGCAUUUGUGCCAGCUGUUGGGGCGGGGGCACAAGCCUGCCACUCCCCCCAGGUCCACUGUCCCUCCUGAAAGUCAGGCCCUGGGCUCCAGGCCGGGUCACAACUCUGCCCCAGCCUUAGACUGGGGGAAGCUUCUGAAGGCCCAGAGGAGAGAGGAAAGGACAAUGAAGAGUUUCCAUUCAGGAAGCUUCCAGCUGUUAGUUCUGCCAGCAAAAAUGCCAGCCAGAGAGCUAAAUUGCCAGCAACAGACAUUUGGAUGGAACUUUGGAGCCCAUUAAGAGCAGAGGCUGCAAAGUGAUCAUAGUGAGAAGAUAUUAAAUGAAUUCAUCAUGUCUCUAAAAUGAGUGUCCUCAAUACAGAGGUGGCUCUUUUGGCUGCCACCCUCCCCAGUAUAGUUCAUACCCCCAUGCACCUGGGAAGGGUGCCGCAGGCUGCCCUGUCCCUGCAUCUGAGGUGGAGUGGCCUCUGCAUCUAAGUGGCUUGUCCAGGUCACCAGGGCCCUUUGGGACUCCCAGGCAAGUUGGGCCCCCAGUGUCAGUCUGCAUUUAGGGAAGACAGGCUAUGGAUUCUUGCCGGCAGAGAAAACCUAGUACACAUGCACACUUUAGAAAAAGGCAGAAGGAGGCUGGGGGUUUCUGGGUAUGAUAGUUUCCUUCUGCUGAGGUUCAGGGCGGCAAGAAGGACAUGUCUGUCCAGCAGCCAGGCAGGGGAGUCCCAUGGACUUGUCCCAAACCCCUAACCAGGCCCAGACGGUUCUGCCACCUGGAGCUGGGGUUCUCUCUCCAGGAUCUAGAGUGGACAGACCUAUUGGAAUGAUGUUAUAGCGAACUUUCUUGGGAGGACUCUGGGAUUCUGCACCCCCCAGACCACACCAAACUGGGCUCUGUCACCCCUAUGGCAGCUGUGUACACACCCGUCAUGGGGUAGGGAAGUUUCCUCCUUGGUCCCUUCAGCAGCUAUAAGGGCUGAGGGCCAAGAACUCUCAUCCUGUUUGGGAGUUCUGGUCCUUGGGACCCCUGUACCCCAAUGCUCUAGACCUCAUCAUUCCACCACCUUCCCAAGGGAGAGGGGCGCCCUCUCCUGCAUCAUCCACCUCAGGGAACUAAGGUUGGGGCACGCUGGAAGUCUAGAAAGGCAGAAGGGCUCCAAUCCUGCAAGAAGCCAAUCCUGGUCUCUGCAGCUAGAUUCUACCCACCUCCUGCCUAAGGAUCCCGAGGGCUUGGCAGUAUAAGCUCCCUCAGUUUCAUGGAGACUCAGGGCAGCUACCACUCCUGGAGCCCAGGCCUCAAGGGGCUCCACCAGCCAAGUAGUAAGUAGGCAUGCCAGCUCCCACCUCCCCUACAGCACCUGCAAUUGGGUCUGAUGGCACCCCACUCAUUCUGGCUCUGUGAAAAGUCAGACAGUUUGAUGCAAGGACUUUAGGCAGGGUGCUGGCUCAUGACUCAAAGACAGGGUAGGGGAAACUGAGGCCCGCUCUGCCCCUCACACCGACCCCACCUGGGGGGUCUUCAAACCCUCAUCAGAAAUGGAGGAAGGAUAUCCCCCCCUGUCUCUGGGUCAUAUGACUUACUCUUCCUGGUGGCAGUCAGAACUGGCACAAAGAGGCAAAUUACCAGUGCUUCCCCACCAACUGUUUCAGGGACCUGACCCCUCAUGACCAGGUCAUAUCAGACAGUCCCUGGAAUCAGGGACCUCCAAGCAGUACAGAGUUAACAGAAUAUCCUAGGGGCAGAUUCACCUGAGGUGAAAUUCUGGCUCCAUCACUCAGUAACUACAAGACCCUGAGCUGGUGCCUUAACCAGUCUGAGCCUCAUCUGUCUCAUGUGUAAAAUGAGAAUAGUAAUAGUAAUAGUAUAGUACUUCCAUGCUAGACUUGUUGGGAAGACGCGAGUGAUGAUUUGUGUAAAUAGCUUAGUGUGGGGCCUGGCCCAUAGGAGCAUUCAAUAAUUGGCAGGCAUUAUUAUUACUAUUCUUAGAGGAGGGCAGAGUCAUCCAGAGAAAGGACCCCGAGGAAGCUCUUCAAAUCACGAAGCAGACAGGUGCAGGGAAAGGAUAAUGUGUUUGUGUUUCUAAACCACAAGUUGAUGCGUAUCUUUCCACUUUGGCCCUAACCCGGGCUCUCAGCCCUGGCUGUAGGGGCUCAGAUGUUACAACAGGCCCUAGCAGCCACAGGCUGAGAGCCAGGAAGUGCCUGCCCUGCCCAUGUGCCCUGCUUGACACCCUCCCAGACCAGGUUGGUUGACCAAUGCCCCAGAGCUGGCAGUGCUCCGAGAGCCAUUGCCCACAGUGAAAUGCCAGUUCUCAGUGUCCGUGUCCAACUCUCUUGCCCAUUUUAUAGACUGGCCAUGCGUGGACAACUUCAACCAGAAGGACUAUGCCAGAUGCUGAGGUUCUUCAAAGGAGGGUGUGCCUGGUCCCUCUCCCUGUGCUUGGCGCAAUGGCAACCUGGGAAUAGGCACUUGGAUGCUGGAGGAGAAGCAGUCCCCAGACUGUCCCUGCCACUUCCCAAACUGUUGUUGUGGCCCCUCCUCCUGGGCAGGGCUGAGCUGGGUGUGGAUCAGAGGAAGAUGGAGAAGAGGGGAGAGUCAUACGUAGAAAUUAAUCAGCCAGGACCCAGUCUGCACAUCCCAGCCAUCCCAAUAUGCAGAGGGUCAUCCAACCAAGCCACCUGUAGACCCACGUGGAAGUGCAGAAGUGGUUGUGAUGGGCUCAGGAGGCUCCCUAGUCUGGUCUGGUAUCCACUUUGGGAAUCUUUCUCUAGCAUAUUUGACUGAUAGCUUUCUGCUUCUUGAAUAUCUCCGGUGAUGGGGGAAUUCAUUACCUCCUCACUCAGUCUUAUUUGGGAAUCUCUGUCCCCCCUUAAGGCCCCAAAGAACACUAUGGCCACUAUGGCUCUUGAGACACCCCCUUCCCCCAAGUUUCCCUAGACUCUCUCCCUAUAGAGUAAGGAUGGGACUUGGCUAGUAGCCUUUCUGGGAUACCCAAGCCUGGAUUCAAACCAAAUUAAACACCAGUUCAUUUCUGAUAAUAUGCUUUAUGGUAGUUUAACAGUUCAAAAGUACUGCUUGGAGCUGUUUUGGUAUAUAAGGUAUUUGUAUUAAAAGGAAAUAAUUCAUGUGUUUGAAGUCCCUGUCGUGGCUCAGUGGUUAACAAAUCUGACUAGGAACCAUGAGGUUGCGUGUUCGAUCCCUGGCCUCACUCAGUGGGUUAAGGAUCCGGCAUUGCUGUGAUCAGUGGUGUAAGUUGCAGAUGUGGCUCGGAUCCCGCGUUGCUGUGGCUCUGGCGUAGGCCGGUGGCUACAGCUACGAUCUGACCCCUAGCCUGGGAACCUCCAUAUGCCCUGGGAGCGACCCAAGAAAAUGGCAAAAAGACAAAAAAAAUAAAUAAAUAAAUAAAAUAAAUAAAAAAUAAAAAUAGGAAAUAAUUCAUGUGUGAGUCAGUUAAAAAUAAUUUACAGUGUUGAUUCUAGGUUCAAUAAUGUAGUGCAUUUCAUUCUAGCUUUGGUUCCUUGUUCAUUUCAAAUUCUCAGCAACCAAUCUCCACCCUGCCUGCACCCUCCCACCCAGCCCAACCUGCUUCCCAUAGCCAGCGUUUCCAUCUGGCACAACCACACCUUCCCCAGGGAGGCUGAGAACAUCAGGGUUUUGUGAUGCAGCUAGAUAGGGUGCAGGCCUGUUUCGGGGUGGCGAAUUUCCACUGGCCACCUCAGCUGUUUGAUGGGAGCCUAUAGCAAACCGUGUCUAAGCCACUGAGCCCAUAAUGCAAAUUCUGUCUCCAAAAAUUGCACUGAUAUGUCCAAAGAAUCAGUGAACAAAAAAGAUACAUGGCAACAGUGAUCUCAAUAACUAAAGUCUGAGGUACCCAACAAUGACAAAUACCCCUGCACUGUCCUCGGUGCCUGCACUGCUUGGGGACAGCCAUUUAGGAUCCAAAUAUGCUGAAUCUCCAAGCUAGAAUCCCCUAAGCACUCAGUUAGACACCGUCCUCUCUGGGGGCCCAAGGACAGCUGAAGUCUUCUCACUUCCUUGUUUGGGGAAGAGACAGAUGGCCCCAACCCCUCCCACAUAACAUAUAAACACAGGAGAAACCACCCCCAAUCCAGAAGAAGCAGGGCAAAGGGCAGCCUCGCAUAAGCCACGUGGGAUAGCCAUCCAGAUCCUAGGCCAGGGCACUGCUGGGGACAAAUAGGGAACGGUGCCUAAUCCUCUCUUUAGGGGUGCAGAGCUCCUGGAUGCUUUCUUUCCUCAGAGAUCCCCUACAAUCCUGAGGCCAGAAGGCUCUCAGAACUGAGCAAAGGCUGACAAAGGAAUUGGAGUCUCUUUAAACCCCCUUUCCUGCCCGCACAAGGGGGCUGCCCCAAGGCAGUCUUAGGGACUUGUUCCAAUGGGCCAUACAGGCCAAGGUGGCAGGUUCCUGGACUCCAUCUGGGCUCUCCAGGGUGUGUGGGUGGGCACGUGCCACCCCGCAGCACCUCCCGACUGUGCGUCUGCAAUGCAAAUUAAGGAGUUCAUUACGCGGAAAGGCGCUCAGCGGACAAUCCAGGUCAGGCCUCUACGCGGCAGCCCAAGGUCCGAGGGGCCACGUGCAGGUCAUAGCGGGCCGGCGGGAGCCAGAGCCAAGCAGAUAAAGCACUGAGCUGGGGGGCGUCCCUCGGGCUGAGAGGCCCGGAGCCGCGGCCCCUGCGACCCUCGGCGACUUUUCCCGGGCUCUGCGUUUGCCGAGUCCUACCUGAGGCCACACCCCGAAAUCAAACUCGCGGCAGGUGAGGCCGGCGCGGCACAAACAUGUAAGCGCGGCCUCUCCUCUUCGUUCCCGGCGCCGCCGAAGUGCCUCGGGCGGAGGGCGGGCCGGGCUCCUGCGGCCACUGGGAGAGCUCCGGGCGCUUCCUGCCCGGCAGGCCUCGGAGGACUGGCCUGGGAAGGUCCCCAGGGUCUUCUCUCUCCUCGGUGCCUGAGAGCUCUGCCCACUGAAGAGUGAGGAGUCCGGAGAAAGAGGAGGCGGGGAAGGCGGCGCCCAGAGGCACCAUGUUCCGCAAGAAAAAAAAGAAACGCCCUGAGAUCUCGGCCCCACAGAACUUCCAGCACCGUGUCCACACCUCCUUCGACCCCAAAGAAGGCAAAUUCGUGGGCCUCCCCCCACAAUGGCAGAACAUCCUGGACACACUGAGACGACCCAAGCCUGUGGUGGACCCUUCACGCAUCACUCGGGUGCAGCUCCAGCCCAUGAAGACGGUGGUGCGGGGCAGCUCGGUGCCCACGGACGGCUACAUCUCCGGGCUGCUCAAUGAUAUCCAGAAGUUGUCGGUCAUCAGCUCCAAUACCUUGCGAGGCCGCAGCCCCACCAGCCGGCGGCGGGCACAGUCCCUGGGGCUGCUGGGGGAUGAGCAAUGGGCCAACGACCCAGACAUGUACCUGCAGAGCCCCCAGUCUGAGCGCACCGACCCCCACGGCCUCUACCUCAGCUGCAACGGAGGUGCACCAGCAGGCUGCAGGCAGACAACGCCGUGGCCUGAGCCGCAGAGCCCACGGGUCCUGCCCAAUGGGCUGGCCACCAAGGCACAGUCCCUGGGCCCCGCCGAGUUCCAGGGUGCCACGCAGCGCUGCCUGCAGUUGGGCGCCUGCCUGCAGAGCUCCCCACCUGGCACCUCGUCCCCCACAGCCACGGGCAGGCGUGGGACCAAGACUGCCAGGCAUGGCUCCGAGGAGACCCGGCCACAGUCCUGCUUGGUGGGCUCAGCCGCAGGCAGGCCGGGUGGGGAGGGCAGCCCCAGCCCUAAGACCCAGGAGAGCAGCCUGAAGCGCAGGCUGUUCCGAAGCAUGUUCCUGUCUGCCUCUGCCACCGCCCCUCCGAGCAGCAGCAGGCCAGGCCCUCCACCACAGAGCAAGCCCACCUCCUCUUUCAGACCACCACAGAAAGAAUGCCCCCCAAGCCUGGUGGCCAAGGCCCAGUCCUUGCCCUCGGACCAACCUGUGGGAAUCUUCAGCCCUCUGACCACCUCGGAUACCAGCAGCCCCCACAAGUCCCUCCGAAUAGCGCCAGCUGCCGGCCCUCCUCCAGGCCGGUCUUCCCCGGCAGGCUCCCCCCGCACCCGGCAUGCCCAGAUCAGCACCAGCAACCUGUACCUGCCCCAGGACCCCACGGUGGCCAAGGGUGCCCUGGCUGGUGAGGACACGGGUGUUGUGACGCAUGAGCAGUUCAAGGCUGCACUCAGGAUGGUGGUGGACCAGGGUGACCCCCGGCUGCUGCUGGACAGCUACGUGAAGAUUGGCGAGGGCUCCACAGGCAUUGUCUGCCUGGCCCGGGAGAAGCAUUCGGGCCGCCAGGUGGCCGUCAAGAUGAUGGACCUCAGGAAGCAGCAGCGCAGGGAGCUGCUCUUUAAUGAGGUGGUGAUCAUGCGGGACUACCAGCACCUCAACGUGGUGGAGAUGUAUAAGAGCUACCUGGUGGGUGAGGAGCUGUGGGUGCUCAUGGAGUUCCUGCAGGGCGGGGCCCUCACAGACAUCGUCUCUCAAGUCAGGCUGAAUGAGGAGCAGAUCGCUACGGUGUGCGAGGCCGUGCUGCAGGCCCUGGCUUACCUGCACGCCCAGGGUGUCAUCCACCGGGACAUCAAGAGUGACUCCAUCCUGCUGACCCUCGACGGCAGGGUGAAACUCUCAGACUUUGGAUUCUGUGCGCAAAUCAGCAAAGAUGUCCCUAAGAGGAAGUCCCUGGUGGGAACCCCCUACUGGAUGGCUCCUGAAGUUAUCUCCAGGUCUCUGUAUGCGACGGAGGUGGAUAUCUGGUCUCUGGGCAUCAUGGUGAUUGAGAUGGUGGAUGGAGAACCACCCUACUUCAGUGACUCCCCAGUGCAAGCCAUGAAGAGGCUCCGGGACAGUCCCCCACCCAAGCUGAAGAACUCACACAAGGUCUCCCCUGUGCUGCGAGACUUCCUAGAACGGAUGCUGGUGCGGGACCCCCAGGAGAGAGCCACAGCCCAGGAGCUCCUGGACCACCCCUUCCUGCUGCAGACAGGACUGCCUGAGUGCCUGGUGCCCCUGAUCCAGCUCUACCGCAAGCAGACCUCCACCUGCUGAGCCCACCCUCGGAGUGCACCUGCCACCUGUGCCCACAGGCAGCGGACACCAGGCCACCAGAUUGCCAACAGGGCCUGCCUGCCUGCCUCAUUCUCUCAGUAUUCUCUCCAAAGAUUGAAUGUGAAGCCCCACCCCCCCCCACCACCCCUCAGCCCACUGGGCCAGGCCGGACCUGCCCCUCGGUCACUCUCCCUCCCAAGAGUCCCCAGUUGCCUUUGGCAUGAUGGAGACCCCUUCCACAGGAUGACCCUUUGUUAUUUGCACAGGGAUAUUUCUACGAAACAUGGAGACCAGCGAUUCUGGCCUCUGUAGCCAACACAGCAGAAAAGGCUGCUGCAAUUUUUAUAAAGGUAGUUGUACGUGAACAUCCCAGGUCACCCAAGAGGCAGACUGCCUGUCUUCACCAGGAUGCUUGCUCUUCUCAAUUCCAGUUCCAGACCCUGGGGUGUUAGGGCCACAGGAAAGGUGUUUAUUGCCCGAGUCCGUCUUCCUCCCUUGUGUCUGACCUUCUGAAGGCACAGUCCAACCUGCACCUGCUUCCAACCCACCUGUGCUGACAACAUUCUCCCUGCACAGCCCAUGCCCAACUGUGAACAGCCUGCCUGCUCAGGGCCAUGAGGGGGGGCAUUUUCUGGGUGAAAGAGGAAGAAGGCAGCUGGUGGUAAAGGUGGUCUCACUUUACAGGAUGUGUGUACGUGUGUGCGUGCGUGUGGGUGUACACACGUGUCAGAAGGUCACCCACAGCUGGCUUCCCUCCUCUCUCCCACUAAGUUCUGAAGGGACCUGCUUCCUUGGCCUGGCUUCCCGCCUCUUACAUCCCAAGUUUCUACCUGACCAGUAAAGAGGUCUGUGUUGAAGCUUGGCAGUUUUCUGAGUUUCUCCUGUCCUGUGACCAGAAUGGUGAGGGAACAAACUCUGUUUUACCUGAGGGCUUCAUCUCAAUAAUCAGGUCAUCAGGGACCCGAUCUUUUGUGUGUGUGUAUGUGUGCAUGUGUGUGUGCUCAGGGGACCUGUUCUUUUCAAAAUCCUGUUCUGGGGGGUGCACCAGCUCCCGGGGUUCCAUCAUGUCACCAGAAUGGGUACCCCAUCUGUGCAAACCACCUACCCCCAGCUGCCUCCUCUGACACCUGUCUCCUUGUCCUCCCCUCCCCUACCUUCAGGGCUGUUGUGAGACAAGGAAUCCCAGGGAAGAAUCCAGGUGUCUGGACCCUGUCUAGAUAAUAUUUUUAGAUUCCUCUGCUCCCUAGUGGUCUGCUUUGGGGCAAACAAACAAAAAUUGUGAUGACUUUUUUUUAAGGGGUCAGAGUUUUAAAAACAAAAGCAUCUACCGUAGAAACUUUUGUGAAGUUUGUUUGCACUUGUGCCCGUUUUAAAUUAAACUGAGUGUUCAAAA